AUGCCUUCGAUGCUGGCUGGCCGUGCUCCGAUCCUGCUCCGAGCUGGACGGCGUCUUCCUCCAACUUUGCCUGCUCGCGCCAGGUCUCUCACCACAGCUUCCUUGACGUCGUCUGCCCGUGCCUUGCUUCAGCCCAAACAGCACCUCAAGAGACUGGGCACAAUCUCAAUUGUCCGAAAUUACACCUCCUCGCCAGCCGAGGCCGCCCCCAACCCCAAGGCGUACAUCAACAGUGGGGUCAUUAAACACGCAAAGGAUGUCCAUGUGAAAAAGGUCCUCGUCAUUGGAAGUGGUGGUCUUGCCAUUGGCCAGGCUGGUGAAUUCGACUAUUCAGGCUCACAGGCACUCAAGGCACUCAAGGAAGCUGGCGUCGCUUCUGUUCUGAUCAACCCCAAUAUUGCUACUAUCCAGACCAACCACACCCUCGCCGACGAGGUCUACUACCUGCCAGUCACGCCCGAGUAUGUCAGCUACGUCAUCGAAAGAGAGAAGCCCGAUGGCAUUUUCUUGUCCUUUGGUGGGCAGACUGCCCUGAACCUGGGUGUUCAGAUGCAGCGCCAAGGACUGUUCGACAAGUACGGCGUCAAAGUUCUCGGUACCAGUGUGCGAACUCUGGAAGUUUCAGAGGAUCGAGACCUCUUCGCCAAGGCCCUAGAGGAGAUCAACAUCCCAAUCGCCAAGUCCAUUGCUGUCAGCACUGUUGACGAGGCAUUGGAUGCCGCUGAAAAGGUCGGCUAUCCCAUCAUUGUCCGUGCUGCCUACGCCUUGGGAGGUUUGGGUUCUGGCUUUGCCAACAACGAGGAAGAGCUCCGCAAUAUGGCCGCGCGUUCCCUGACUCUGUCGCCUCAAAUUUUGGUUGAGAAGUCUCUCAAGGGUUGGAAGGAGCUGGAAUACGAAGUCGUUCGCGACGCCAACAACAACUGUAUCACGGUUUGCAACAUGGAAAACUUCGAUCCCCUUGGCAUCCACACCGGUGACUCGAUCGUCGUUGCUCCUUCGCAAACUCUGAGCGACGAGGAAUACCACAUGCUUCGAUCUGCUGCCAUAAAGAUUGUACGACACCUUGGCGUUGUUGGCGAAUGCAACGUUCAAUACGCCUUGCAGCCUGAUGGCCUUGACUACCGAGUCAUCGAGGUCAACGCUCGUCUCUCCCGGUCCUCUGCCCUGGCCUCAAAGGCUACUGGCUAUCCUCUUGCUUACACUGCUGCCAAGAUUGGUCUUGGCCACAGUCUACCGGAGCUGCCCAACGCCGUUACCAAAACCACCACCGCCAACUUCGAACCCUCUCUAGACUACAUUGUCACAAAGAUGCCCCGAUGGGAUCUGUCCAAGUUCCAGCACGUCAAGCGAGACAUUGGCAGUGCCAUGAAGUCGGUUGGCGAGGUCAUGGCAAUUGGCCGAACUUUUGAAGAAUCUUUCCAGAAGGCCAUCCGCCAGGUUGAUCCCCGGUUUGUUGGCUUCCAGGGCGACAAGUUUGAGGACUUGGAUCAUGAGCUGCAGAACCCAACUGAUCGCCGAUGGCUCGCCGUCGGCCAGGCCAUGCUUCACGAGAACUACUCGGUUGAGAAAGUUCAUGAGCUGACCAAGAUUGACAAGUGGUUCCUGUACAAGCUCCAGAACAUUGUUGACUGCACGCGUGAGUUCCAGGCUGCUGGCAGCCUGCAGGCUCUGAAGAAGGACCAGAUUCUCAAAGCCAAGAAACUCGGCUUCUCUGAUCGCCAAAUCGGCAUGGCCGUCAACGCCACCGAGGACGAGGUGCGCGCUUGCCGACUGAGCUUCAAUAUCCGCCCUUGGGUCAAGAAGAUUGACACCCUCGCUGCCGAGUUCCCCGCUGAUACCAACUACCUGUACACCACCUACAACGGCUCUUCCCACGACGUGACUUUCGAGGACAAGGGCAAGGUCAUUUUGGGAAGUGGUGUUUACCGCAUUGGGUCCUCUGUCGAGUUUGAUUGGUGCGCAGUCGGCGCCACCCAAGCCCUCCGCCAGAUGGGAGAGAAGGCUAUCAUGAUCAACUAUAACCCGGAAACGAUGAGCACCGAUUACGAUUGUGCGGACAAGCUUUACUUUGAAGAGCUAAGCUACGAGCGUGUCAUGGAUAUCUACGAACUGGAGAAUUCCUCGGGCGUGGUUGUCUCUGUUGGCGGUCAACUACCCCAGAACAUUGCUCUUCGUCUGCAGGAAACCGGCGGUGCCAAGGUUCUUGGGACUGAUCCCAGGGAUAUCGACAAGGCCGAAGAUCGUCAAAAGUUCUCCGAGAUUCUAGACAGCCUUGGGAUUGACCAGCCUUCAUGGAAGGAACUCACCUCGGUCCAGGCCGCCGAGAGGUUCGCCGAAGAAGUAGGAUAUCCCGUUCUUGUCCGUCCCAGUUACGUCCUCUCUGGAGCUGCCAUGACAGUGAUUCGCAGUCAGGAAGAUCUCAAGGAGAAGCUUGAGGCCGCCAGCAAUGUGUCGCCCGACCACCCCGUCGUCAUCAGCAAGUUCAUCGAGGGUGCCCAGGAAAUCGACGUCGACGCUGUCGCCUCCAAGGGCGAACUCGUCAUCCACGCAGUCUCGGAGCACGUUGAACAGGCAGGCGUCCACUCUGGUGAUGCCACACUGGUUCUGCCUCCCGCCAACCUGGACGGCGCCGUCAUGGAGCGGGUCAAAGAAAUCGCCAAAAAGGUCGCCAAGGCCUGGAACAUCACUGGUCCCUUCAACAUGCAGAUCAUCAAGGCAGACGACCCCGAGGGUGGCGAGCCGGCGCUCAAGGUGAUUGAGUGCAACCUCCGUGCUUCCCGGUCGUUCCCCUUUGUCAGCAAGGUCCUCGGCCUCAACUUCAUCGACAUUGCCACCAAGGCUCUCGUCGGCAAGGACGUGCCCGAGCCCACCGACCUCAUGGCUGUUAAGCGAGACUAUGUCGCCACAAAGGUACCCCAGUUCUCAUGGACCCGUCUUGCCGGCGCCGACCCUUUCCUGGGCGUCGAGAUGUCGUCAACUGGUGAAAUCGCCUGCUUCGGCAAGGAUCUUGUGGACGCGUACUGGGCGUCUGUCCAGUCCACCAUGAACUUCCGCAUGCCCGAACCCGGUGAGGGUCUCCUCCUUGGCGGAGAUGUCAGCAAGACGUGGUUGACCCAGGUUGUCGACUUUGUCGCUCCCCUCGGAUACAAGCUGUAUGCGGCCAGCAACGACGUCAAGAAGUUCCUCGAGUCCACGGCCAAGGACAAGAUCACUGUCGAGGUUAUCGAGUUUCCCAAGGAGGACAAGCGUGCUCUCCGUGAAGUGUUCCAGAAGUACGAUAUUCGUGGCUGUUUCAACUUGGCCGUCGCGCGUGGCAAGACGACCCUUGACGUGGACUAUGUCAUGCGCCGAAACGCGGUUGACUUUGGCGUCCCUCUGUUCAUGGAGCCCCAGACGGCCAUUCUCUUCGCCCGGUGCAUGAGCGAAAAACUCCCUCGCAAGGAGGGCAUUCCCUCCGAAGUCCGCCGCUGGUCCGACUUUAUCGGCGGCAAGCCCCUGUAG